AUGCUGGCUUUCCAGAUAAACAAUCCAAAGACUAUUCCAUGUCAUCACACCAAGAAAGCUGACAUUGUCAACGUCUUUGCCUCCUCUCUGUUAUCCGAUUGCAACUCAAUCCAGACACCUCAAGAACCGUUGCAUUGGUCAGUUGUACAGAGCUGUUCGGAAUUUAAACUUCGUCGGAAGGUCAUCAACAAGAGUGUGCAAUCUAACUCUAAGGUUGGGGAUAUGUUGGAGAAUGAGUUGCUUCCCGUGCUACCCCUGGGUGAGAUUGUGGAAGAACUUGAUGUUACAAUGGAUACUACUUUGAUUUCAACAACAGCCACUAGUGCUGAUUUGGGCUCGGUUUCUGUUGCUGGAGAUGUUCUUCCAGAACCUCAAUUCCCAAGCCCUCAAUCAUCAUCAAGCACAGAAGGCAAGUGA